AUGCCCGACACCGGCCUUGACCGUCCGUUCGACGGCAUCAUCAACUUCCGCGAUGUCGGCCGAACUGUCAACCAAUUCGCUGGGCAGGAACUCCUAAAAGAGGGCGUCCUCUUUCGAAGUGCUCGGCUCGAUGAGGCGUCCAAGGAGGAUAUCCGUCGUAUAACAGACGGCCUGCAUAUAUCCUCUAUCAUUGAUCUGCGCUCUACAACAGAACACCAAAUGGCCAUUAAGAAGUACAAGCGCUGGCAUGAUAUCCCCACAAUGACGUCUGCAGACUCUGAACCCAGGGAAGAAGAAGAAGAAGAAGAAGAAGAAACCUACGUCCAUCUUCCCUCUCUCGACAACGCUGAUACUCGGCGCCAUCUGAUCAGUCUUACGGGAAAGGCCUUUGAGCGACAGCUUCUGUGGAGAUUGGAUUGGUGGAAUUUCACGAAAGUCCUUGCAUAUAUAGCAGCAGGGUUUAGACAAGAUGCCGUGCGCAUAGUCGGCGAGAACGUGAUGAAACCCGCUGGGCUGACGGGGCUAGCGAUGGAUACGCUCGAGGCGAGCGCGGCUGAAAUAAAGAGCGUUUUCGAUGUUUUUUCUUCAUCCUCAGAUAUAGAUGCAGAUCACUGUUCAUCGGCUCCUGGGACUGGUUCUGGUAUUCUAGUGCACUGUACGCAAGGGAAAGACCGGACGGGACUGAUCAUCCUUCUCUCGCUUUUGUUGACGGGUAUUGUUGAUGCUGAGGUUAUGGCGAGUGAAUAUGUGCUUUCUGAGAAGGAGUUGGAGAAUGAGCCGGCUGAAGAGAAGGAGGAGAGGAUGAGGGAGAUUAGGGCUUUAGGGCUGGGUGAGGAGUAUGCGAGGUGUCCGAAGGACUUUACGGAGAGGGUUACGGGGUUCCUACGUGAGAAGUACGGGGGUGCUCGGGGAUAUUUGGAGUACAUUGGAGUGGAGGAGAGAGACAUUGAAAAUGUGAAGAGACGGUUAUUGGCUUAG